AUGGCUAGCUCUCGAGCCGAAGAAGAUCUCGGAAACGUGCCGGAAGAACUGGCCGUCGAAGAAAAAUUUCAUGCCCGUGGCAAUCAAGGAGGCCGAGGGAGAGGAGGAGGUCGUGGCAGGGGCGGCAAAGGAGGAGGCCGUGGAGGGCGAGGGUUGGAUAGAGAGGUUGUGAUUUCGAAGGCGCUGUCGAAGCUCCUAAGGCACGCGGCAAAUGAUGCUGGGAUUAAGCUCGAUGCCGAGGGCUAUGCCCCAUUAGAUCAAGUGAUGAAAUACCGCCCCAUCCAAUCCCUCAAUAUAACCUUCUCUGACAUCCAACACGCCGUCCAAGACAACGCCAAACAGCGCUUCUCCAUGAAACCCAACCCAGCCAUCUCGCCACCUCCACCUUCCUCCUCCACCGACCCAGGCGACUGGGUAAUCCGCGCCAACCAAGGCCACAGCAUCGCCGUCUCAGCCGCGGCCCUCUUAAAACCCAUAACGCUCUCCUCGGACAACAUCCCCGACACCGUGGUCCACGGCACCUACUACUCAUUCUACGACUCCAUCCUCGCAUCAGGUGGCUUAAAAUGCAUGUCCAGAACCCACAUCCACUUAUCCACCGGGCUCCCGGAAGGCACGAAAACCGGCGGCAGCGGCGUGAUCAGCGGGAUGCGUAACGACGCCGAGCUGCUCAUCUACAUCGACAUCCGCAAAAACCUCGCUGACGGCGGGACGAACUGGUGGGUUAGCGACAACGGCGUAAUCCUAACCGAGGGCGAUGAGACGGGUGUACUGAGUACGAAGUACUGGAAGAAAGUAGUGGGCCGGAAGGAAGCCGAGUGUGGUGUUUUAUGGGAGGAUGGCAUUAAGGUUGCGGAUUUGCCGGCUGCGUUAAAGAAUCGGAAACCUCCGUUUGGGAAGCAUAGGGCGCAGGUGAAGGGGAAGGGGAAGAAGGGCGCUGCGGAGGCUGUGGGCGCUAUGGAGAAUGGUGAUGCCUUGGAUGCAUCCGUUAAUGCGCUUGAGAUCACGGAUAAGAUUUGA